AUGGAGCUCACGAAGCAGGGCCGGCCGCCAUUGCCUCCACGGCCACGGAGAAGCUCCGUGCCCGUGUCCAUGACCCAGCAGCCAGAGCGGGCGUCGCCGCCGGCCAAGGCCAAUCCGCAGAUGCUCGAGUCCCUGAGAUCGAAACUCAGGGAGGCUCUGGCCGCUGCCUUGAGUAUCAUGGAUUCUGGGCAGCAAUCUUCUGCAAACGCGGGUUCAGCUAGCGAGUACAGGAUUCGUAAGGCCCAAAGCUUAGCAUCCAAAAUUGAAGAGGAACUGUUCAAAUUGUUCGGAGGGGUCAGCAGGAAGUACAAGGAGAAAGGCGCGUCGCUCGUGUUUAAUCUGGAAGGCGAACACAAUCCCGUGCUGAGGGAAAUGGUUUUGUCCGAACAAAUAUCACCUAAAUGGUUGUGCGCAAUGACUAUUGGAGAGCUUGUAAAGAUGUUUCGUCUUAAGAUACAAGUGGAUGAUAGAGGCUUGGUGAGGAAAACACACAAGGGAGAAUUUCUAGUUGAGGCGGAAGAAACUGACGAAGAUGUUUUUCGGGUACCAGCUGGGCCUCGGGGUGAUUCACUUCCAUCAGAACCUAUUAUCGCACUUCAAACCAAAUCUUCUGAUGAUGAAACAGCAAGUGCACAAUGCAGGGAGACCAUCAAGGAAUUGGACGACAGCACUGUGCAAGACGAUGAAGUUGUUGGGACAUGGAACAGCAGCACAUCAAGUGAUUUAGAAUAUCUAGCAGGUGGGAUAAAUGAUCUUGUGCUGCAACCAAGGUAUGAUGUCUUGAAUGGGCCAGAGAUCGUCUCGUUCUCUGAUUUCCCGCGGAUUGUUGCUUCAGAACCACAUUUUAAACAUCGACCCAUUGGUGCCCCGCUGCAAGAUGAUCGUAAUAGUAACAAAGCUGAGAAAGUCAACUCAGCAAAUUUCCCCAUAACUAUGGACAUGGCUGCUGUAUCAGAAUUCCAAAUUCAUUCUGAGGAUGUGCCAUCUCAACAAAGUUAUUGUGAAUCCAAGUUAGAAUCACCCAUGAACAAACCAGCUUCAGUUCUGGAUCCAGUUGAAGAACCAAAGGGAGAUGUGUUAGCCAAAUCCUCCCCUCAAAUGGUGGAUGCUGAAGAAUCACGUACUGUUAAUGGCUUGACUACUGAAUCUUCUAUGCAGUGUAAGAUAACUCCUGAUGUUUCAUUGACGCGUCACAGUAUAUGGGAGGCAACAAUUCAGCAUGAGUCUUCGCGCACAAAUAUUGUUGUUAUCUUUAAAAGCGGUGAAAAACCAUCUACACAUCAGUGGCACCGCUUUCUUAGGAUCGAGGGACGAGUCAGGCUUAGUGCUCUUAAAGAAUUUCUUAUAGAGCUUCUCAAAUCCAGGAGCCGUACUAUAUUGGUAACCGAGUUGCGUUGGAAGGAGGGCUCUCUUGAGAGUGGUCGACAUCAUCUCUUAAAGACUAUUGACUCGUAUACCGCCAAUGAGACAGUAGGGCUGGUGAAGCCAGCUCAAGGGAUCACGUUGUACCUAUGUCCUUCUCAAGGGAAGGCAGCUCAGAUACUUGCUGACCACCUGCCAAAGGAGCACUUGCGUAGUUUAACCGUGUCUAGAACAUCAAUCAUUGGAGUCGUCGUGUGGCAAAGGCCCCAUGCCUCAUCUAGGGAAGUUGUAGCCGCUGACGUUCCUCCGGGUGUAGGUUCUCGUGUUGUUAGGCACCAGGAUGGUCUACCUGCUGAAUACAAUUUGGUUAGCGUCUCAAACUCAGCUGCCGAUGUGACAAGGACACAGUCCUACAAGAGCCAUCAGCUUCCAGUGCACACUUCCAAUGACACAAGGAUAGAAGAAAUUAUUCGCAAGUAUGACAAGACACAUUCUCAAGGUAAUCUCCAGCAGGAGCGGAUUCAACAACCACACUACCCUUAUCAACAGUAUCAUCAGCAGCUGCAGCACCAUUCAAUGCGUCAGUAUCACAUGGCACGGAAUUCACACAGCCCACUGGCAUACACGCAGCACCAGAAUACUGCCAUGCCUGUGCGUGGACGGCCCCUGAUUUACGGGCACCCCAUGCAGCCUGCUCAGCAAUCCUACUCUGGUGUGCCCGACGAUGGCAGUCAAACCCAUGUCACCCGGGCAUGGUAUCUACAGUAG